UUGACACUCCACUUUCAUUUUCUCUUUUACAAAAACACACUUCAGUUUGUCUUUAUCUACUGAUGCAGCUCUCUGAACCACCCGUCUGAUCACAGAAUCACCUGCUAUGACAUAAACAUGACAUGAACAAAUCUUAAUGUAAUGAAUUACAUAACAUCAUAGAAGAUAACACUAUGGGCAUCUGCUUGAUUUUGCUCUGUGUGUCCCUUCUGAUCGCCCGUGGUGUGUUUGGUGAUGAAGUGAAGUCAGUGUCAGUGAUGGAGGGACAUUUUGUUAUUCUUGAUACUCAUGUUCUUAAACAGAGAAAUGAUCUCAUGGUGUGGACUUAUGGACCUGAAAACACAUUUAUUGCAAGACUCAAUGGAAAGGCCAAUAGCAUCAUGUAUUCAGAUGAUGAGAGAUUCACAGACAGAGUGAAGCUGGAAGAUCAAACUGGAUCUCUCGUGAUCGAUGAAACUACAACUAAUCUCUCUGGACUUUAUAAACUGAAGAUCAGCAGAAACAAAAAUGUCUCAAACAAGAGGUUCAAUGUUACCGUCUAUGAUGAUGUGAAGUCAGUGUCAGUGAGAGAAGGACAUUCUGUUAUUCUUUACACUCAUGUUCUGAAAAAGGGUCAUGAUCUGAUGGUGUGGACCUAUGGACCUGAAAACACACUUGUGGCAACAAUAGAUGUACAAGCAAACAGCACCAUGUAUUCAGAUGAUGAGAGAUUCAGAGACAGAGUGAAGAUGAACAAUCAGACUGGAGAUCUCAUCAUCACACACAUCACAUCUCAACACUCUGGACUUUAUACACUGAAUAUCAGCAGCAACAAUAAAGUCUCAUAUAAGAGGUUCAGUGUUAUCAUCUAUGGUGAUGUUAAAUCAUUGUUAGUGAGAGAAGGACAUUCUGUUAUUCUGUACACUCAUGUUCUUAAACAGAGUCAUGAUCUGAUGGUGUGGACCUAUGGACCUGAAAAGACAUUUGUUGCAAGACUCAAUGAACUGACCGGUAUAACCCGAUUAUCAGAUGAUGAGAGAUUCAGAGACAGAGUUAAUAUGGAUGAUCAGACCGGAGCUCUCGUGAUCAAUGAGACCACAACUCAUCACUCUGGACUUUAUACACUGAACAUCAUCAACAACCAUAAAGUCUCAAAUAAGAGUUUCAAUCUUACUGUUGUUACUACUGUCCAUGAUUCUCGUGUCCAGGGCCUCUGUGCGAUUCCUUUUGCACUUCUGAUGAUCUGUAUCAUCUGUAUCUGUGUCCGAGUACGCAAACAAAGAGCAAACAUCACAACCUCUGACAGAUGAUGAAAGUAGCAUGAACUUCAGCACCACGAAUGAUGAAGUCUGUGUAAAGCAAAGCGUCACAUUCACCAGCUGGAGUGCCUUCUCAAAUCCACUAGAGGGCACACCUAUCAUCACUUGUACUUUCAUGUCACAUACAUUAAUCUGUUCUGGCAUUAUCAUGUGGAUAUGUUUGCUUGUGUUUGGACUGACCACCUGUGUUUGGAUGUAUGGCUGUCGUUUGGAUUUUGUCUUUAGAUUGCCCCUAAUACACUGCAUUUGGAUCCUAAUCCUUAUCGUGCUGUUCGUGACACAGUUAAAUAUUUGUUACAGGGUUGUUGUUCAACCUAAAGCUCUACUGGGUCAAAUGCCCCCAUUCAUUUUAUAUCUUGAAAGCUGUGAAAAAGGGAUUUAAUGGGUUUAGGUGUUGGGAAAGGGUUAGGGAUAGAAUAUUUCAUAAACCAGAUAUAAAAUCAAUGGAAGUCUAUGGAAUGUCUUGUACUGCAACUAGUUUGUAAAUUUGUAUUUGUUUUGUACAUUUUGACUGGUUGUUUUUAACAUGUACAUCUGAUUUUAUUAAAGUUUUAUUUAUUUGUUGGA